AUGCUGAGCAAGCCCUCCAUCGAGAAGGAGCCUGGCUCGGUAAUCGACUCCUUUAGUCUGAGUCGCUGGCUCGGAGGGGAAAACUCCCGGGGAUCAAAGGCAGCGGUCGCGGCGGCAGACCGCAGCAGCCGAUCUCUCGAUGGCAUCGAUAAGAGGCGGGGCCAUGGCGCGGCGGGCUGUUUAAAAUGGACGCCGGAAGCCAAAGCGAGAGGGGCUGAAGGGCGGGACUUAGGGCAGCUUGGGAUUAUUAGAACCAUUUCUAAAACAUCGCCCAGCGGCCAGAGUCACGAUAGACCCAAACUGCGGCAGCUGUUUGCCUACUUAAUCAUUAUUGACUUUGAGUCUACGUGCUGGAAAGAUGGCAGAAAAUGUUACAGUCAAGAAAUCAUUGAAUUUCCAGCAGUUUUAUUGAACACCUCUAAUGGAGAGAUUGAAUCCGAGUUUCACAUGUACGUCCAGCCUCAGGAACAUCCAAUUCUGUCUGAGUUUUGCACUGAGCUGACUGGCAUAACACAGAAUCAAGUUGACGAGGGAGUCCCUCUGCAUAUAUGCCUGUCUCAGUUUUCUAAAUGGAUUCAGAAGAUACAAAAGGAGAAGAACGUUAUUUUCACUUCAAGUCAUUCAAGUUGUGCUGCUCCUGAAGGACAAUUAUGUGCUUUUGUUACAUGGUCAGACUGGGACCUGGGAGUUUGUUUGCUGUACGAAUGUAAAAGAAAACAGCUGCGAAAACCGGAUAUUUUAAAUUCCUGGAUUGAUCUCCGUGCAACUUACAAGCUUUUUUACUCUAGGAAGCCGCAAGGGUUAAAUGGUGCUUUGCAGGACGUGGGGAUCAUAUUUGAAGGACGGGAGCAUUCUGGGCUGGACGAUUCCCGGAAUACUGCUCGUCUUGCCUGGAGGAUGAUCCGUGAUGGGUGUGUGAUGAAAAUCACUAAAUCUUUGCAUAAGGCACCUCCUGCAAAGGGUUCUGUCGCCAGCUUUUUCAGCGCGAAGCCUCCUGACGCCAGUCCUUUGGGAAGGGAGGAUGGUGCAAAGACAUCGGUUUUGGGCGAAAGCAGAAACGGUGAUGUUGCCAUGGAAGUUAAAAAUAACAAGGAAAACCAAGAACAGGAGUUCACUCCAGUGCGUUUACAUGGGGACACCCAGAUUCUAUCAAGAAACUGCAAAAAGACCGAUGUCUGUACCAGAAUCCAAAGCUGCUUCAGCCCCCCCACGGGACAGCUCGAUUCUCCUCUUGGCUGCUUUCGGCCCUCCUACCCUAGUCGUUUCAGCAUCCAGGGUCGGCUAGAUAAUGAACAUCUGAUUUCAAGUUCUUCAGCCCAGAAUCCAGGGCUGGUUUUGGUCUCUACCACUCUUUCCUCUGUCAAUAUUUCCGAUAUAGACAUAAGUACCACUUCUGAUUGUUUAGCAAUGCUGGCGGACUGGGAGGAUGUAGCAUUAAUGCCAGCAUCGGAAGGUGAUCAAAAUUCGGCAUCUUUGCAGGUGAAGGAUGACCCGAGCGGUAAGGGUUCAUUCAUGGUUGGAGAGAGGAUGGAUAUGAAUGAACUGAAUGUGAUGGGUUUAGGAACUGGUGAUGUUGCAGAAGAUACUCUGAAUAUGGAACCUUCCAAGGCUGUUAUAUACAAAAGCCCCAAUACUACUAUUUAUAACGCAGGCACAGCCCCAACUAAGUCUUCAAAUACUUCUGUGUUUAAGCUCCCUGCUGCAAAGGCAAAUACAUCCUCCGUUGACGUGAAAGGAUUUCCCUUUGACAAAUGUUCAUCUGAAAUGCACAAGAGGAAGCCUUCCAGUCCAAAAUCUGUUCCUCCAGCCAAAAAGCCCGCCUUUGUAGUAUACAAAGAUAAAGGCACGUCAUCUAACACUUCCCUGCCAUUCAGGUCUGGUUCCGGCAUCUUAAACUCCUCCGUCAACUUCAACCAAUCUCUAAAGGCUACGGAAACCGGGAGAGUGACUCCUCCUCUGUGCAAGUGCGGCCGAAGGUCUAGAAGGCUAAACGUUUCGAAAGGCGGUCCGAAUCAUGGCAAAACGUUCUUUAGCUGCCCAGUUGGGAAACAGGAAGGGAACAGAAAGGGCUGUGACUUUUUCAAAUGGGAGCAUGUGUUUCUAAAGGAGAAACUCUCUCCUCCCGUCUCGCGUAUCGUCGGGCUACCAACUCUUGGAACAAGGUUGAAUUCGUCAGGAAAUCCUCAAAGGAAAUGCCUGAGCCUCCGGCCUUCAAUGCGAACCUAACCCAACGCUUCCUUGUUCGUUGCAGAAGCAAUUCGCUCGCACCUUCACAAGUCAGAGAAG